UGCAGAUCAGCGUUCAGCAUGACGGGCCUGCCAGCGCUUAUCUUUCUCCUGUGGACCGUGGAAGGUGGGAUACCCUCCAGUUCUCAUUGGAAGCCCACCUGGCCUUCUUACAAGGUCCCAGUCGUCAUGCCGCAGUUGACUGUUAAUUUGGACAAACCGCAGUUCAAUGCAGAAGCCAAAUUAGAAGUGGUAUCCCCUUGUGGCCCACCUUGCCACAAGCGUUCCCCGUUACCUACCUAUGAGGAGGUGAAAGACUAUCUUUCUUAUGAAACGUUGUACUCCAAUGGUUCCCGUACUGAGACGGAAGUUGGCAUCUACAUCGUUACUAGUGGUAGUGGAGGGGCGCAGAGCAGAACUCGGACAAAGAGGCAAAUCUAUGGAUACGAUACGAGGUUUAGUAUUUUUGGCAAGGACUUCUUGCUCAACUACCCGUUUUCCACUUCCGUGAAGUUGUCCACCGGUUGCACUGGGACGUUGGUGGCUGAGAAGCAUGUCCUAACGGCCGCUCACUGCAUUCACGACGGCAAAAGUUAUGUCAAGGGAGCCAAAAAACUACGAGUGGGAUUUCUGAGGCCCAAGCUGAAAGACGGUAGCAAGGGAGCAAAUAUCAGCAGCUCCUCAGAGCCCGAGAGAAUGAAAUUCCAGUGGAUCCGUGUGAAGCGGACACACGUUCCCAAAGGAUGGAUAAAAGGGAACGCAAACGACAUUGGCAUGGAUUAUGACUAUGCCCUGUUGGAACUCAAGAAGCCCCACAAGAGAAAGUUCAUGAAAAUAGGCGUGAGUCCGUCAGCAAGACAGUUGCCUGGAGGAAGGAUUCAUUUCUCGGGCUACGACAACGAUCGGCCCGGAAAUCUGGUUUACCGUUUCUGCGACGUGAAAGACGAGACCUUCGACCUCUUGUAUCAGCAGUGUGACGCCCAGCCGGGAGCCAGCGGCUCCGGAGUUUAUGUGCGGAUGUGGAAGAGACAGAACCACAGAUGGGAACGUAAGAUCAUUGGGAUAUUUUCGGGACACCAGUGGGUGGACAACAACGGCUCCCCCCAGGAUUUCAACGUGGCCGUCCGCAUCACGCCCCUGAAAUACGCACAGAUUUGUUACUGGAUCAAAGGCAACUAUAUGGACUGUCGGGAUGGGUAAAGACAGUGGACUUCCCCAAAAAGGCCUUGAUUGCUUAUCUUCUCUAUAUUGCCAGU